AUGCGCGAGAACGUGAUGCUCAGAACUUUAGACCUGCGAGGGAACAACAUCCGUGCCGAUGGGCUGGUCGUACUGGCACACGGCCUGCGGUCAGGUGGAUCCAAUAUGACCAGUGUCUGCUUCAAGUGGAACCAGAUCGGUAGCCAUCCCCGAGGUGUUCAAGCUUUGUGUGACGUUCUCAAGGACAACGAGUCGAUCACACAUGUGGACCUGCGGAACAACAAGAUCGGCGCAGACUGCGGUGCCUUCCUGGGAGACAUGCUGCGACACAACAGCACUGUGACCCACUUGGACCUCAGCUGGAAUGAUCUGGGCAUAGAAGGUGGAAAAGCUAUCUUAGAUGGUAUGCAGGCCAACCAUUCUCUCAUCGACUGCCAGCUGAGCGGCAAUCGCAUUGCCGAGGAUACCCUUCACGCCAUAGCAUUCAUCCUGCGGCGAAACCGGCAGACGGCACCCAUGGGAGCAAGCACCUUCCGGCAAGAGCGCGGUAUGACCACACAGGACCCGACCGCGGCCGGAGCUGCGGCCGCGUCGCCCUCGCCCACUUCGCCCGCCUCGCCGGGCGUCUCGCCGGGGCGGAGUACCACACCAGCCUCACCUGGCUUUGGAAGCACGGCCCGCUCGGUGAACAUGAACGUGCCAUCGGAGGCAGCGCCGUCGCCGAGCCCCAAGGAGGGCCCGGCCACGAGCAACCUUCCGGCGGCGACCCCUGCGAAGGUGCAGCCGCCGGUGCAUGAUGAGGACGUGGGGAAGAGGCUCAGUCCUCAGACUUUGAAGCUUCUCCAACGAGAGCAGAACCACAGCAACGCAGAGGAUGCUCGCUUCUUCGGUGAGGUCGCUGAGUAUAUCGACCUGCUGCAGCUGGACGUGGCCCGCAACAAGAAGUAUCGCAUGGACGCUGAGGAGCGCUAG